UCUUUCAAGAGUUACGCAACAAAAGGUCAUUUGAGGACUGUGGGAGGGGAGUAACUCUAUAUCUUAAAAGUGGGAGAACAGUCGACUCUCUGUCUUUACUCUCCGCAUGUUCAAGGAAUCAGUCAUGGCUGCGCAGACUUGUUAUGAGGGCAGUUCUGUCCAAAGCUUUCAGUUCUACCUAGAACAAUCGGGAGAGCACGAGGCCAUGCUCCAGUGUGUUCGCAAGAUCCUGCCAGGAGAAUAUAAAAGAAUUGGAGCAGGCAAAAGCAGUCUGGAUGUUCUUGGAGUUGGAAGUGGUGGAGGGGAGAUGGACGCCCAGGUGCUCACUCUACUGCAGUCUACAUUCCCUGCUGUCCCGAUCACUGCUGACGUUGUGGAGGGCAGCUCUGAGCUCACUGACAACUUCAAAGCUGUGGUAGCAAAGACCACCAACCUUCAGAAGAUCCCAUUUGCUUGGCAUAUCAUGAGCAGUGAGGGCUAUGAGAGGGAAGUCAAAGCAAAAGGAGACAUGAAGAGAUUUGACUUCAUACACAUGGUUCAGAUGAUCUACUACGUGGACAACCUGGCCGACACCAUCAAGUUCUACCACAGCCUUCUGAAGAACAAUGGCAGGCUCAUGAUCAUCGUUGAAGCAGCUAACGCUGGCUGGGACACUCUGUGGAAGACUUACAAGAAGGAGCUCUGCGUCGACGCCAUCACAGAGUACCGCUCAUCGGGAGAGGUUAUUUCCUGCCUGAAGAGCCAGGGUCUGAAAUAUGAGGAGCACGCCAUUCCCAACACCUUCGACAUCUCUGAGUGCUUCAAUCCAAGCAGCCAGACUGGACAACGUCUGCUCAAUUUCAUGACAGCGAAAGAUAACUUCUACCAGUCCUUCACCCCAGAGAUCAGAGCAGGCAUUUUAGACCUUCUCAGAAACAAGUGCAGCACUGAAAAAGAUGGCAGGGUAUUCUUCAACAGUAAUUUGAGCUGCAUACUUGUUUAUGCUUGAGCAUGUUCGAUGGAUAAAUGUUCCUAUAUUCUGAUUUCUGUUCUUGCAUUCACUUUACCCUGCCAUUUUAUCUAAAGUACAGCAUGUUUUCCUGUUGCUAAGAUUAAGUUUACCAUAUUUUUCUGUCUCUUUAUCACUUCCACAUUAGUUAAUUUGUAAAUCUAUUGUAAACCAAAUAAAGUCACUCAUGAUCAAAGGAGUGACAGCUUGUCAAAUCCAGUAUCUUUGCACGCAUUUGACUAUGUUUAUAAGUAAAAAAGAUGAAUUGCACUUUCACUUUGUUAACUAGAGAAAUAUUUCCAACUUAAUUUCAGCUUUAAAUGAAUGAAAUUAAACAACGAAAUGACAUGUA